AUGGAUUUAGAGGCUGAUCCCUGGAGAGUAAAUUCUGAAGAAAACGGCAACAAUAUCAGUGGAUCUGUGUGGGAACCUGAUAAUUCAUCUGUUAAUGCUUUAAAAUCAUACUCAGCUGAUUCACUACAGCAAGAAGCAAACAAACGUGUGAAUGACGAUUAUCUUGGAGUGAACAUAUUCAGUAAUGGUGAUAACAUUGUUAGGGGUACCGCUUCCAACGUAUAUCAAAAUGAUGUUUUAUGGGACCGUCCAAACAUUGGAAGUACUACACAAGAGACAGAUAUUCGAGGCGUGAAUCGUUUUCAGGCUACCGACACACCGCAGUAUGCUGCAAACGACGAGUAUAAGAACUGGGUUGAGUCCGUAAGAAAGACAUAUUUCCCACUAGCAGAAGAUAUCGUUAGUGUAGAAGAAAUUCCUGAAAGGGAAGGGCUAGUGUUCAAGCACACUAAUUAUUUGGUCAAGCAUCUCACACCUUUGCCAAACACGGAUCCCUCGGAUGAUAGAACAGUGGUGAGAAGGUAUUCUGAUUUUGAUUGGCUACAAGAUGUAUUACUAAGAAAAUACCCAUUUAGAAUGGUCCCAGAACUACCUCCAAAAAAGAUCGGCUCUCAGAACGCAGACCCUUUAUUUUUGGCGAAAAGAAGGAAAGGCUUGAGCCGUUUCAUCAAUUUGGUUAUGAAACAUCCUGUCUUGAGAAGUGAUGACUUGGUUCUCACAUUUUUGACCGUUCCAACAGAUCUUUCGGGCUGGAGAAAACAAGCGCAUUACGAUACAACAGAUGAAUUUACUGAUAAGCAUAUAUCUUCUUCAUUCAUGAAUUUAUGGAGGAAGGAAUUUUCCGAACAAUGGAAUAAAGCAGACGAAAGAAUUGAUAUUGCAUUGGAUACAUGGGUUAAAGUUACUGUUUUAAUAGAAAGAUACGAGAAAAGGAUGAAACAAGUUGCCCAUGAAAGAAAAUUAUUAGGACAAAUCCUUAAUGCUAUUCCAGACACAACGGAAGCAUUGUAUCCACAAUCCACUGCAACAGUUUCUCAAAUAAACGAAGGUGUUGGUUUGAUAGUAGAGCAUUUGAAUUCAUGUGCAGAUGUCAUAGAAAGAGAAAACGAGGAAGUCGACAGUGGCCUCUCGGUUAGAUUCAAGGCUUUCAUUGACGUUAUUAUAGCGUUGAAAGGAUUGUUUGAGAGAUAUAAGAUGAUGGCAGGUAACAAUAUUCCUCAGUUACAAAGAAGGGUAGAAAUAAAUCAAGAAAGAUUGAACACUUUGGAAAGCAACCCUGAUGUGAAAGGAGCAGAAUAUGAUCGUGUAAAACAGAGCAUCUCCAGAGAUAAAAGAAGCAUACUCGAUCAAAUGAACCGAAGCUGGUUGAUCAGGGAGUGUAUAUUGGAGGAAUUCACAAUAUUCCAUGAAACUCAAUUCUUGAUUACAGAUUGCUUCCAGAGGUGGAUUGAAAUAAAUUUGAGAUACACUAAUAACAAUGUUGACAAUUGGGAAAAAAUUUGCAAAAAGCUCCGCGAUAUGCCCCUGCAAAGACACUAA